UCUGAUUCUUGUAAUCAAAGCAAGAAGAAGAAGAUUAAAAAAAAAGUUUUUUUUUCUUUGUUUGAAGAAAUCGUUUUUAUGGUUUGAUUCUUGGUCGCCAUCUCUCGCCCAACUUCACCUUCCUCUGAAAUCCUCACGGCGCCCUCUCUUCUUCUUAAGCCCAUCUUUCUGGAUCUUAUCUUCUUGUAUUGGAACGUGUUUCUUCUGGGUUUUGAGUUCAUAACAAAGAGAAUCCAUGAGCACCCUUCUCCGUGUUCUUUAAUUAUCUUCCUCUGUUUCGUUACUCUGUUCCUAGGUUGUGUUCCUGCUGUUUCAGGCUACCGUCAGUUCAGCUUUCAGCUUUCUGGAGAUACUUUUGGUUUCUCUCUUUUGGGCACUGGUGAUUUUUUUUGUUCCUAUGAUCGAUUUUUUUUCUCUCGUUUCCUCUUGUUGAAACGUAAAUUUGGGAUAUUGAGGAGCUUGAGUACGGAGUCAAGGUGGAAUUUCGGCUGGUGAUUACAAGGCCCAAGAGAAAUCAAAUUCUCUGGUUUUGGAAGUUUAUUGGAGUUUGAAGCUUUGAAUUCCGAUGAAUACCCGUCAUUCCGUUCUGCCGGAUUCCUCAUCCAGCAUAUCGAUCACUGUUUCAUCGUCACUUUCAUUGAAUUCCACGCCACGGAAUGAUGACACACGCAUGUCAGGGCGAGAGAGGCCUCCUCCCUCGUUCUUGAUUCGAAUGGCGAUGAAGGUAUCGAGAGCAAGGUGGUUUAUCUUCUCGAGGAGAGUGUUUCACUACCAGAACGGGUCGAGACCUGACCUCGGGUCCAAUCCUUUCGAUUCCAGCACUUGGAUGACGACGGAGCUCAUUGCUCUGGUCAUUCAGAUCACCUUGAUCACAUUCACUCUGGCUGUGUCCAACAAGGAAAGACCCAUUUGGCCAGUGAGGCUAUGGAUCACUGGUUACGACGUGGGUUGUCUCCUCAAUCUCAUGCUGUUGUACGGACAUUACCGUCAAAGGGCAGGGUUUGGAGUUGGUGAUGUGGAGCAGCAACGGAGAGACAGGGAGGAGACCAGGUGCUCGCACUUGAUGAACAAAUGCCAGAAAUCCCUGGAGCUUUUCUUCGCCAUAUGGUUUGUUACCGGAAAUGUCUGGGUGUUUGAUUCACGCUUCGGUUCAUUCCACCGAGCCCCGAGGCUCCACGUCCUCUGCAUAUCUCUUCUGGCAUGGAAUGCACUCUGCUAUUCCUUCCCAUUCCUCUUGUUCCUCCUCCUCUGUUGUGUCGUGCCUCUCGUCAGUAGCCUCCUCGGCUACAACAUGAACAUGGGCUCUGCAGACAAGGGAGCUUCGGAUGAGCAGAUUUCCAUUCUCCCAAGCUGGAAAUACAAACGAAUGGAUAACGGUUUCGCUUCCGAUCCAUCAGUUGACGCCACUGAAGAUCCGGAGUGUUGUAUAUGUUUGGCUAAGUACAAAGACAAGGAAGAGGUGAGAGAGUUGCCAUGUUCGCACAGGUUUCACCUCAAAUGCGUAGACCAAUGGCUUCGUAUAAUCUCCUGUUGUCCUCUCUGCAAACAAGAUCUCACCCCCCGACAUAACUAAUCCUUCAUCAAGACACCACCACAUUACUUUGGUCUCUCUCUUUUUUUUUUUUUUCCUGUAAGAUUUUCUGAAUGAAACUAGAGAUGAUGAGAAAGAAGCCUACACGUAUGUAUGGUUACUUUCUUUUUUUGUACAGAACGGGUUAAAAACGUUAACCAGAGGUUAGGGAACCACGUCA